UUGCCUACUCACCCACGUGACUCGUCAUCUCUUGCCACGCCGCACUUUCUUCUGCUCGAUCCGUGAAAGGUAUUUCCGUUACAGACUUUUUGUUAACAGAUGGAUAUCAAGAAAGAGAUCAGAGAUCUUAAUGAGAAAGGAAAGAACCUUGCAGAAGAAGGGCGUUUUAGUGAGGCCAUUAGAUUUUACAUUCAAGCCAGAGAGAUAGCAGAACAAUAUUUGGAAGUAACAGAUGAAUUGAGACUGUUAGUUCUUCGUGAUCUGGGGGAGACAUACAUUCUUAAUGGAGAAUAUAUGAAAGCACAAGCAAUUCUAGAAAAUCUUUUAUCAGUUAUGAGAAAACAUCCUGAGACACAUAAUCUCUUACUAACUAAGACCUUGUAUUCUCUGGGGCAUUGUUACUUACGUCAAUCCAAGUAUGUUGAUGCCACAUCAUUACUGGAGGAGUGCUUGUUAAUACGACAGAAACACCUUCCAGCUAAUGAUGUGAAGGUGGCUGAGACUAUGGGGAUGCUUGGUGAAUGUUUUAUGGAACAAAAGAAACUGCCUGAAGCAGAAAGAUUAUUGAGACAGUCACUUGAGAUCAUGAAAUCUGCUCACACAGAAGAUCAUCGUGAUCUUGCAAGUGUUCAAUUCGCACUUUCUCAGUUUCUGUACCAACAAGGUGAAGUAAGUGAAUCAAUCAAGCUGAUGGCCGACUGUGUCAGGAUGUUUAAAUCAACUCUCCGUCAUGAGCAUCCCCGUGUGGCUAAUGCUGUUGGUCAACUGGGAGUGUAUUUACUGGAAGUAGGAAAGUUGGAUGAGAGCGAACAAUACUUGAGAGAAUGUCUGGACAUAUACAGACAUUCACUCCAUGAGAAACAUCCUAAUACAGCACUUUCAUUGAAAUAUUUGGGAAAAUGUCUUAUGAAAAAAGGGAACAACAAAGAAGCAGAGAAACUUCUCUCUGAAGCUGUCAACAUUGAAGCAGCUGGUCUCGAUCAAAAUCAUCCUGAGAAAAUCUCCACAUUGAUUUUAUGGUCAGAAUGUUUGCUAAAUAUUGCUGACUACACACGUGCCCAGCCUGCUCUAUUUACUGCUCUUCGAAUCAUCAAUAUUAACCAGCAGCCGAGCAGCAGCAGGGAGAGAUCUGAAGUAAUGCAUCUACUAAGGAGACUGAGCCCAUUCCAACAGCCACAAUCUGGCGAGACAAUUAUUGGUGAAGGGAAAGCAGAAGAAGUGGAACAGACAGAUGAGAGAGGAAAUAGACUUGAGAGAAAGUCAUGGAUUGAGGAUGAGGGUGACGAUCAUCCCGAUCAAUCUGCACCCACAAUGGAAAAUCUUGAUAUUUCUGAUGUCUGCCACCCAUUGUGGGUGGGUGGUACAUUGGAAGUGUUGCACGUUUGGAGCAGUGAUGGCUUGUCAUUCCAUGAGACGAUCGGCAGUGAGGGAGGAGAGCUGAGUGCUGGCAGUGUGAGCAUUACUGUUCCAGCGGGUGCCGUUCAAUCACCAACACAAUUCUCCAUUCAUUCAUUCAUGCAUGAUAAGUAUAUGCCUCCCGUCUCUGCUAGUGGCUCCCAAGUGGUCAGUCCAGUUAUUUUUCUUGGUCCUCAUGACGUCUCAUUCGGCAAGCCAAUCAAAGUGUGUAUCAACACCAUAGCUGAUGUGACUUCAGUAGGCGAGGGGUCAUUCACUCUGAUGAGAUGUGAAUCAAGACUCGAUGAAAUGAAGUGGAGAUGGCGUGGUGUGGUAGUGUAUUCUCCUGAUACUCAGGAAGUGCAGUCACACAUUCCAUUUGAUCUCAACAGCUGGUCAGUGGAGGUGACCAGUUUUAGUGGGUGGUUGUGGCUUGUUAGUUUUAUUAAGAGCCCAACCAUUUUAUUCAGAAGGAAGAUGGGAUGUGUAGUUCUUGGUCGAAGUCUUUCUGCUUGCAAAUGGUCAUUGUCUGUGCAUCUUUUCAAUUCAUAUGAAGAAAUUGGUCAGAAAAUUAUUCGUGACCAUCAAGGACAUGUAUCAUUGCCUGUUAUCCAACUCUGUCCAGUGACAGAAAUUAUAGUUCGUAAGCAAGGUCAUGUGGUCAUGAAGCCUCAACUUGGUCCAGAAUGGUUAUUGUGUCGAGGUGAUGCAGAAGUUCAGCUUCCAACCAGACAUCUGUGGAGACAAUCAUUUGAUCACGAUCAUUGCUUCACAUUUGAGGUUGAAAUAAAUGGCCCUUGUCCUGAUAGUUUAGUUGUUCCUGUUCGUGUUGAGUACAUCAGACAAGGUGAAGUUGACUUUAGUCUCACAUUGGAAGCAGUUCACAAACUGUUCAUAUCAGCUGAUUCAUCAAAUUCCAGUUUACCUUCUCACUCUCCUUCUCUUCCACAUGAGGAACAGAAAGCAUUCUACUUCUGUAGUGAAGAGGGUCUACAUUCUUCUGGCUUCACAUCUUCAUCAACAGCAGCAAGGGAUAGAACUUCAUCACAAAGAUCCAUAAUUCAGCAGCCUGCUGAUGUACACACUGUCAGUCAAUGUGAUGUCAGUCCCAUCUAUAGCAAAGUUCAAGAGAAAAGUUCAUUGCAAGUUCGUCUUCCUGUUGGAAGUGAAGUUCCUUGCACAGGAUGUACUUUCCGGUACAUAGAUACUACAGGUCAGACAAUUGAAGAAGUUCCAGGAGAAAGGCUGGAUAGUCGUACAAUAGAAACUGUUACUCCUGCUUGGCCACGUGCUGAUCGAGUGGAGAUACACAUAUUUUCUUCAGAUGGACAAACUCGUCUCGGAUGUUUUGUACAUGUUUUCAUUGACCUGUCUGCAGAGAUGUUACCUCGUAUUGUCAAUCAUGAAGAUGACAGCAGCAUAGUACCAGGAGCAGUAAGCCAAGAGACAGACAAAGUGGAAACAGAGCAGCAAAAGAGACUAGAGUCAAGUGCAAAGAGCAAAUGCACAGACAAAGAUAUGUUGUCCGUCACUUGUAAAGUCAUUGCUUGUUGGCAGGAAUUUGUAUCCCAUCUAUCACCGACCUUCUUCACUAUGGACAGAAUAGAUAUAAUAAAAGGCGAUUAUAAGAAGUCAUUUGCACAGACUAAAAAAGCAUUGGACAUGUGGACGAAGAAAUUUGGCGUCAAAGCCACUCGACGCUCAAUAAUCACAGCAAUGUGUGAUAUCAAUCGCCGAUUGCAGGCAGAACGUAUUUUUGGCUGCGACUUGGUGGAUCAUGUUUGUCCAUCAAAAUGACUGCAUUUGUACAAACUUUAUUUCUAUAACGUUUUAUAUAUUAUUCACGUUAUCAUGAACUCCAAUUAUCUUAUUUUAUAUACACACGUUCUGCUACUUGUUCUACCACGUGUCCUUCUCUUCACUUGCCUUGUACAUUGUCAGUACAAUGAAUGUGUUGUAUGUACCAAUA